UCUGUAACACAAAUUGAACGGCAUCAGUGGGAUAAAGGUGAGAUAUCUUCUCCGGAUUUACAAGCUCUGGAUGAGGCGCCAUCAAUCCAAGGCGAUUACGAUCCGCAUGGUCAGCUCCAGCCAUUCUGGUACGAUUUCUUGAGGAAACCAGCAUUGCGAGACCUCAUUUUAUGUGAAAAAUGGAGCCGACCAGAUUACCUGCAUUGA